AUUAUAAAUAAAACUGUUAGAAACAAGGUUUCGAAAUUUACAACUGCCCACUGGUCAUUGUACCUGAAACCUUAUACUUGUACAAUUAUCUUAUUGUCGUGUAAACUAUUCAACUGUAACUGUCAUAUAAUUACCUUUUAAAUGGAAAAAUAUGUUAUGUCAUGAAUUUCUCGUUAGUAAAUUCAAGGAAUCAAUUUAUUGUUGGCCGUGAAUUGAAUAGGGUGAAACCUUACACUUGAUGUGGGGUCGAUUUAAGUGAAAGUGUGGUGUAAUGUACAAAACAGGAACUAAUUUAAAAUUAGACGCAGAAUAGAAAAGCUAGAAUUUGUAAAAUUAGUUUUUGUGAAAUUAAUAUUUAAUAUUGAAUAAAUGGAAUACCAUCAAAAAUGUACAAAAAUUAAAAAAUGGCACUGUGCGAUUAGUGUUAAAAGAUAAAGAAACAGUUUUGGGAGCUCAAUGGCACAACGAUACUCUUAUCGAAGCGGUAAUUACUGAAGGAAUUCUCUUCUACGGAAAAGUCGUCUGCCUGCUUCAGACACGGAAGGACCUAACAUCUUACCGAAACAUGCUGAUUGGACCUGGCGGAUACGUAUAGGGGCGAAAGACCCACCGAGUUGAAGAUCUUGAGACUCAGGCGGCACUUUGGCAAUUUAUUUUUGUGUUGGUGAAGUUGUCUGACCAAGGUCUAUUUCGGAAGAGGAUGUACAUGAAGACUUGUUGCUGAUAUAUGUAGCACCUACCGACAGAGAAUAUUUCUUACAUUGCCACAGCGUUUUCAUCAUUCCGAUUAUUUUCAAUAAAUUCAGUGCUGAAUCUUCAAAGUGUAUAGAAGACAACAUAUCUUGUGGAAAGUUUAUAGUGAUGGAAGAGUCUCACAAUGAAGAAAAGAACGGCAACGUACCCGAAAAAUUAACAAGGAUAUGUGGAGUGAACGAUGGAAUUGACGCUCCAAAAUGGAAAUUCUGGAAACGACGGAGAUACAUUUUAACGGCAAUGACCUUUCUCGGCUUCUUCAAUAUGCUCGCUUUGAGAUCAAAUGUUAGUGUGGCAGUUACAGCUAUGACAACAAAACGAACUGUGGACUUAGAAAAUGGUACAUCAGAAGAGGAACCGGAAUUUAAAUGGGACAGUAAGAUGCAAGGUCUUGUUCUUGGAUCUUAUUUCUACGGAUAUAUUACAACACAAAUAUUUGGAGGAUGGUUGGGAGCUAAGAUAGGCGGCAAUAUUCUCUUCGGUGCUGGAAUUGCAGGAACCUCUGCUCUAACACUGCUGACGCCCAUACUCGUCAAAAUGAAUGUAUAUUGUUUUGUUGGACUUCGUGUUCUUGAAGGCGCAUUUGAGGGUAUAUCUUUUCCUAGCAUUCAAGAUGUUUGGGCGCAUUGGAUACCACGUCAGGAACGAAACAGACUAGCUACCAUAAGCUACUCAGGGAGGUACAUUGGGACGUUUGUUUGUAUGACCGUUUCUGGUAUACUUGCAGAACAUCUUGGUUGGCCCUACGUCUUUUAUCUUUUUGGAUUUCUUGGGUUGCUAUGGUAUAGCAUGUGGUUAUUGCUAAUUAGAAGACGCCCACAGGAUGACAAAAGUAUCAAUCUAUCUGAACUUAAUUACAUUCGGAAAAAUAUUGAAGAGACACAAAGUCAGGAAGAGACUAUACGAUAUCCUUGGAAAACAUUCCUGCUCUCUGGCCCCGUUUGGGCCAUUACUGUAGCUAAUGUUACUGACAAUUGGGGUGCGUUUACUCUGCUGACACAACUACCAACUUUUCUGAAAGAUUCUUUAGAAUUUGAUGUACAAGAUGCUGGAAUUCUUUCAUCUCUUCCGUAUUUAGCCGUAGCAUUCACAAUGCAGAUUUCUGGACUAUGUGCAGACUAUAUUUUGGUUAAGAAAUAUCUAACUACGACGCAGGUGCGAAAACUAUUUUGCUGUUCGGCGUUUUUGUGUCAGGCAAUAUUCAUGUUACUGACAGCAUUUUUACAAACACCGGCAGCGGCAGUUACAUUCUUGACAUUGUCAGUUGGAUUUGGAGCGUUUGCUACUGCAGCAUACACGUAUGUAUUUCAUGUUAUAACUUGA